UGCUACAGCAAGAUUCAUCCUUGGAACUAUGUUCUCUUUUUUCUCUUUACACUCGCCAUGGCUCUCAUGAUUGGAGCGACUUGCACAUAUAAAAAAGGUACUAAGUAAUACAUAGUACAAUACUGAUAUUCCUUUACAUAAUGUAGUAACUUAAUGAGUAUUGAAGGAUCUUAGUUCUACUUGAAUUGCCGUUAAUUACUUAAAGAUUUGAUGCUAUUAAUUAAGAAAAUUUUAUUUAUAAUUUCAGAUGUUUUUACUGGGAGUGUAAUUUGCUGAUCUGGUCUGGUCUGGUUUCUUUGUAUUUUUAUAACUAUCCAAGUCUGGGACAAAUUACAGUCCAAGUAAAAACAUCCAAGUCAACCAUGAAUAUAAUAUGGAGGAUAUAUAUAUAUAUAUAGGAAUAUAUGUCUUGAUGGCUGCUGGCUUGACGGUUCUUAUAUUUGUCCUGCUUACGCUGUUCACAUUCUGGGCUGCAAAGAGAGGAUGGGAUUUCGAUUUUCUUUAUCCCUUGUUGAUCUCUGGUCUCAUGGUGCUCAUCGUCUUUGGUAUUGUGAAGGCGGUUUUUCAUAUGGGGAGAGUUGUCCAGUUGUUAUGCGCGGGCGGGGGAGUGCUUGUCUUUUCGGGUUUCAUCAUAUUCGAUACAUACAACUUGAUCAAGCGGUUCAGCUACGAUGAAUACAUUGAAGCGGCGUGCGCUCUUUUUUUGGAUAUCAUCAACCUCUUUUUGCUCAUUCUUGACUUCAUUUCGACCCUGGAUUGCUGAUCAUUAUUUGUCUCUCAGAGUAACUUCUUGUUGUUUCUAUUGAUCUUCAUUGGUGCCCACAAGUAUUUGUGUUUUGUGUAUAUGUAUAUAUAUACUUAAAAUUUACUAAUGAUGAUACCAAUUGUUCGAUCUUUA